AGGAGAACUCAUCCGUACUUGUACUGAGGAAUACAAGAGAGACAAAGGUCGAGGGCGAAUUAGUACAGCAUCCAGGAAAUCAAGAGCCUCCGCUUUUCAGACCAAGAAAACUUCAACAAAUGGGAGAAAACGAUCGAUUAAAAAGCCCUUCAAUUCCAAUUGAAAAGCUGCGCCAAGAUAUUUUAAUUAUUAUUCGAGAUGACUUGGAGACUAGCUUUCGGUCUGAGCAGUGUUUCUAUGAAGUUCCUUCAGCACUUCGUGAUCGAAAGGAAGAUGCCUACACUCCUCGAGUAAUCUCUAUAGGCCCUAUUCAUCAUUAUAGCGAAAAAUUGGUGGCUAUGGAAAUUCAGAAACGGAGAUAUCUGAAAGAAUUUUGUAGACUGAGAGUGGAAAGGGAGCAAGAACAACUUUUGGAAACACUUUUGAGAACCAUUUCAGGUCAAGAAGAUCACAUACGCCGUUGCUAUGCAGCUGAUUCCUCGAAGCUUAGCGGCGAUCAGUUUGUGAUGAUGGUUCUGUUAGAUGCUGUAUUCAUCUUCGAGCUCUUCUUGAGGAAUGAAGAAUACCUGGGUGAUAGCAGCAAAUAUCAAGACGAUUUUAUAAUAGGCCAACCCUGGUUGAGAGCUGCGAUUCGACGGGACUUGAUAUUGCUUGAAAAUCAGCUGCCAUUCUCUACUCUCAAUGAAUUAUAUGAUUGUGCGAUGAGCACGACCGAUUGCAAACCUUUCAUGUACCUUUCCUUCCGGUACUUUGAUAAGUACAGAAAGACAUCCGAGCCCAGCCAAAAAAUACUACAUUUCACAGAUUUGGUGAGAUGUUUUCUAUCAUUCAAGCACCCGGAUUUAAAAAUUGACAAGGCAGAACCGAUAAAAACUCUUUACAGCGCAACAAUGCUGCAUCAGGCAGGAAUUAAGUUCAAGCCAUUGCCGAAUGUAUCCCUGCUUGACAUUAGAGCCUGGAAACCUCUCUCGAAAGUUCAGACACCGCUUUCAGAUAAGAAAGGUAAGUUACUUAUGCCUUCCCUUGAAAUCGACAACAAUACCGAAUGUCUCCUCCGAAACCUCAUUGCGUUGGAGCAGUUACAUUAUCCAGGAGAAGAGUACAUUUGCCGUUAUGUUAAGCUACUAGAUUUUCUGGUGGAUCUUGAAAACGAUGUGGAUUUGCUCAUUGAAAAUAAAGUUAUUGUUAGCAAGCUAGGUGACAGUAAAGCGGUGGCGGAGCUUAUUAACGAACUUAGUCGGGAAAUGGUAGAAGUUUCAUCCGCUUAUGUGUAA